AUGUCCGCGCCUUAUAUGGAUACCUGUCACGCUGGCUUCGAGGCCGAGCGGUCAGAAGUCUCAACAACAGCGUAUCACUACCAAGUCGACGUAACCCGCCGCGCGGACUUCAACUCCACAAGGCACGCGGUCGAGUCCAUGUCCUUUAGGAUGGCCGCCAAUGGACAGAUCAGACUCAUCGGUAUCCCUCGCAACUUUUUCACCGGUCAGAGCCCCUACAACUUUCAAGGAGACUUGGUGAUCCGCCCAAGGGAGCAAGCUGGCAUCCUCCCGCAGCGUGCCUCCUUCGAACCUCCCACGCCGCACGCCCUCAACUUCUUCACGGACGCCUCUUUUCCCGGCAAGGAUUCCUGGGAGGGGGCUCCCAGGAUCAGCUCCCCCAAGAACCCGGCAUCCAUGGCCAUUGCUUGGAAGAGUUGGCCUGGAAUCGCCAACACGAAAUAUAACAAGCGCAGUUUUCAACUUGUCGGUUGCACAGACUUCCGCGUCGCCGAACUUCACGCGCUCGUCCUCGCCCUCGAAACUGCCACCGUCGUCUGCCGCCUUCAACCCAAGAUGCAGCGAGUGUCGAUCUUUUCCGACUGUCAGGACGCGAUCCGCAAACUCAUGAAGGCCGACUCUGAAAGCAACCGGAACGACCCUCUCGUACGACGCGCAGUGGACGCCUCCCACAACCUCGACAAGAAGGGCAUCCGCGUCCUCGUUCAUUGGGUACCCGGGCACGCCAACAUCGAGGGCAACGAAGUCGUCGACGACCUCGCCUGGCGAACACGCAUUUGCAAGAACCCGAAAGCGAUGCCAGCAGAGAUUCCCGUCCUUAUGAAGGAAUACGAGAUCCCCGAGCACCUCCUGGCCAUCGAAGAGACCAACCACAUCGACUUCCACAAAUCGAGAAAAGCAAGACUCUCCCCCUAUCACCAAACCCUCCCAGCACCUUCUUAUCAGAGCUUGCCUUGGAACAAUCAAACCCCCAUGGGAGCCUUCCAAUACCCUGCACCAGUUGUUUUCUGA